GGAGGUUUGGCCACGUGGAGCUCAUCCCUAUUGAUCAUGGCCUUUGCAUGCCUGAGAACCUGGAAGACCCAUACUUUUAGUGGAUCCAUUGACCUCAGGCUUCUAUUCCUUUCUCUGAGGAUGAGCUUGACUACAUAAAAAAGCUAGACCCUUUUCAUGAUUCUGAGAUGCUACGAAUGAGCUGCCCAUGAUCCGAGAGGCAUGUCUUCGAGUAUUGGUCCUUUGCACCAUAUUCCUGCAAGAAGCGGCUGCAUUUGGGCUGUCUUGCUGAGAUUGGUGAGAUGAUGAGCAGGGAUUUCCAUGGGCUGGAGGAGGAACCAAAUGAACUUGAGAUUAUAUGCCUUGAAGCAAAAAGAAUCUUUGCUGAGAGAGAGAUUACAUUCCCUGAGAUCGAUGAAGGUCAUGAAGAAUUUCAAUUUGACAUUGAUUGUGAGGAUUUAGAGAUCGAAGGGUCAUCUCAGGACAGUUCCUGGAGGGCAAAUGGUCUGUCACUGCUAUCCAAACUAGAUGAGGAACCCAAUGACAAUGAAAUUGAGACAGGAAAAGAGCCAGCCAAAGCAGAAAAAAGAAUUGUCAAGCAAAAUGGGAACUGGUUUGAAACUGCUUCGAGGCUGUCCCUGUCCUUAAAUAAAAUUAACUUAGCUGAGAGAAGCCAGCAGUACUUUGGGAAGGCAGAAAGCAAAUAUAGUUCGGGUUCCUCGUCUAUGAACAGAAGAAGUGCAAAUGAGAAGCUGCCUGCAACUACCAGCUUUGUCAAGGUUUAUCAUUUGCUUGGAAAUGCAACAACUGGGCCUUCUGAUCCUUUUGCGGAUACCAAAUGUUGUAUCUGCCAUAGUAUGGCAGAUGAAAAUCUUAUGUUGCUUUGUGAUCUCUGUGAUUCGGCAGGUCAUACUUACUGUGUUGGGUUGGGUUGUACUGUGCCCGAAGGUGAUUGGUUUUGUCAUGAUUGCGCUGUUUCUAGGGCUGAACAUGAGCAGAGUGAGAUAGAUGCUGACACUGAUCAGCAUAUAUCUGUAAACUGUGUGGUAAUACCAACGGCUGAAAGUCCUGUUUCCAUCUUCAGUAUCAUACAAGGAUCAAAUGAUUCUACCUUUGAGAGACCUCUUCCAAGAGUCGGUUCCUCCAUGAACCAUUUUUCACUUCCUGUCAUUCUUGAAGAGGAAAGUAGUGUUGAACAUGGAGAAAAUAGGGAAGGUAGAAGAGCACAUCAGAAUACUGCUGGGGAAGCAGCUGAAUCAUGUGCGAGAACUUUUUUUCUUCGUCGCAAUGUGCACAGUCGAAUACUAGUUCUACGUGAGAAUUGGGAAGCACUGCGAAAUGGAUCCUUGAGAUUCUCCUCUAAUCCAGCUGAGCCUUGUGGAAUUAGUGGUAAAAAGGGUGACACUGCUGCAGUGCCUCAUGAUAGGUCUGGUCAACCGAAUUGUCCAUCUUCUGUGAGAAAACAAACAUCUCAGGAUGGUACUCCUGGCUGCACCGGACACAAGAGAAAAUCACAUGACGUUGACAAGGCAUGGAAAAUGAUGGAUAUUGCCAGGUCAAUAAGAUUGAAUUGUGGAAGCUCCAGCAGUGUCCAUCGGACAUCAAAAACUCUUGCCAAUAAAGGAGAUUUUUCCAAACAAUCAUCUACCACAAACUCAAGUCUUUGCCUAUCAAAAGACCCAGGACUCAGAACUGGGAAUCUGGGAGGUAAUGGAAUGAAGAAGCAAUGGAUAUCUUAUUCCAAAAACACAGAAACACAGAGCCAUAGAUCUUGUAAGUUGGAAAAUCAAAAGCAGAGUUGGUUCAUGAAUGGAGAAUCAAAUGGAGGAUUUCCUCUUGGUAAGUAUUCAUCAGGAAAUUACAAAUCUACAUCAUCUAGGAAGGUCCAGACUGGAAAUGAUGUAACUGCCACUAAUUCAUUUGUGAAAAAUUCACAUCAAGUAUCCAAAGAAAGUGGACAUUGCUCGUUAAAAACUUUAGCUGAGCCUAGGCCAGGAGGUUUUGAUACAUUGGAAUCUAAAGUGGAGCUGAGAGUGGCGUCCUCUUCUUUGGUAGAUUAUUCUGAAGAAAAAGUUGUAAGGAGAAAGGAUGGUACAGAGACCAAGAAAAGACAAGUUGGUGAUGCCCAAAAUGAGAUUCAAUCUCUUGUCAAGCUUAACUUGAAACUGCUUAGUGGAGAGAAACGAUUAGGAGUAGAAACAUUCAAAGAAGUUGCUUGGCUUGCCACACACACAAUCUUAGCUGCAUGUGGUUUAGAACAUCCAAAGCCUCGGAUUCGCAACUCCCGAAGUCCAAGUCCAAUAUGUAGCCAUACUGACCAAAUUCAUCAGCUGCAUAGAUCUACUCUUAUGCCUAAUUCUUGUCGAGGAUGCUUUUAUGUAUUUGUAAAGGAUGUUGUAAGUUCAUUUAUGAUUGGUAAAGUUGGGAACCUUAGAUAACGUUAAGGUCAAGUACAUAGGGUUUUGCGAGGUGGAAAGUUAAGGGAAGAUUGCUUUAUUUUUUCCUAUGUCUUUUGUUUUCCUUUAGCUCUUGAGCGUCCAUAUCUUUUUGUCUUUGGAUAACUCCGAAGGCCUGUGGCGUGCUACGAUGGGUUUAAAGCUUUGACCUUGUAUAUUUGGCUGUAAACUCCUGUAAUACGCUAACAAUGCAAUAUUUUUUAUUGAUGGCUAAUGCCCUUUUAGUAAUUAGGAGUGAAUGCAGAUUGUAUUUUGGUUUU